AUGUCUCGGCCAAAUGGCGAAGGAGCGACGGACUACAACGAGGCUCACGUGGGCGCCUCCGACGUCCGGUUCGUCCCAUCGGUCCGGGAGCUCAUCCACGGUUACCUCCAGCGGAAGCUGCAAGCAAUACGUGAGCUGGACAAGAGCUUCGAGGGCAGCUGGUACUUCUUCUCUCCGCGGAGGCGCAAGUACGGCAAGGGAGAGCGGCCGAGGCGGAAAAUGGGUGACGACGCGGGGUUUUGGAAGUCGACGGUCGCCAAGACGGAGAUCCUUGGCGCCGACGGGAAGGAGGUGAUCGGGUACAAGUGUGGGCUCACGUUCCACGAGUACGUACACGAGCAAGAAGUGGGCAAGCUGGGGAAGCGGAAGGGAAUCCGACGAAGUGGAAGAUGCUGGAGUUGGUCUCUAUCAACACCGCCGCUGCGAACCACAUGCUGGUUGUUGAAUGACUGCAUGCUGUGCAAGACCACGAACAAGUCAUUGGAGGAGGAGGAGGGGCAGGAUCCUGGUUUGUCGCAGAGCACGGAGGAGAAGGAGGAGCAGCAGUAA